AUGGAACAACUAGAACAGAAUCAAGCCGCCCUUCGCGAAGAAGUAACUCAGUUGAAAGGCACUGUAGAUGAGAUUAAAGGAGGAAUGGCUCAGAUGUUGAGUCUCAUGAAGGACAUCAGGGAUGAACAGGAAAGGGCUAGGGAAGCUCGGAAUCAGUAUGAGGAAAUACCGAACGAUGGCAACCCGCUGUUAGGAUUUGUUCAGGGCUUCGACCCUCGCAAAUCAAAUGCUCACUCCUCUAAGAGAGUUACCAGAACCCAGGAAGAGGGAGAAGCUUCCCAUAAAGGAUUCAUUCCCACCAUCCAGAAAGAAGGGGCACCUCGCACUGUUCACAUCCCUGCUAAUAAUCCACCUAAGGAUGAGGACUACGUGGAUUUGCAAUAUGGGGAAGCGGACGAAACGAAUCAGGAACCCCAGCAUAAGCAAACCCAAUCUGAUUCUGAAGAAAAUGCUAGAAAUAAUGGACAGAUCAAAGCGUUAGAAGAAAGGCUGAAAGCAGUACAAGAACUCAGACCUAUGCCACCUCCAAUUCCUGGAAAAGCUACACCUAACUUCAGACCUAAUGAAAGGUGUGAAUUUCACGCUAAUUCUCCUGGACACACGUUAGAAAAAUGCUGGGCUUUCAGGCACAAGGUUCAAGACCUAAUCGAGUCUAGAGCCAUUGCUUUCGACAAACCUAAUGUGAAGACAUAUCCCAUGCCUCGUCACGAUGGCACAGUCAAUGCAAUCGAGGGUGUCACUGAGCAAGAGUUAGUUCAACAACGGAGUUCCCCUAUAGAUGCCCUUAAGAGGUAUCUACUCGCAAGGGGGUUCGUCCUAGAACAUAACGAGGCUUUUAAGGACACCCUGCAGAGACUCAUGGACCAAGGAGUAAUUCAGUUGAAAGAACAUCCCGAGGAGGAGUAUGUGGCCAUGAUGGAGAGGAACGAGCCAUUGAUAAUACCUAGUCCAGGAGCAAGGAAGACAUUAAUCAUCCCCUGCGCCAAAGCACCAUUGAUGAUACCCACGCAAGUACACACUAGGAUCAUCCCAGUCAGAGAUCCAUAUCCGGCGGACAAAAUGAAAGUGGCCCCUUGGGAAUAUGAUUCUAGUAGUAAUACGAAAGUGACAAACAUCGUUGGGCCUGGAGGUAUGACUCGUAGUGGCCGCAUAUUCAAUGCUGCGAAACCGAAUGAAAACUUAGCACAAGCAAGUAAUCAAGCUACUGUGGUCCCGACUGAAGAAGGCACAGCCAAGGAUAAAGAGGUCGCUAACAAAGACGCUGAAGAAUUCUUGGCAUUAAUCAAGAAAGGUGAUUAUAGAGUGGUGGACCAGUUACACCAAACUCCAUCUAAAAUAUCACUCCUCUCGCUACUAGUGCAUUCGGAGAAACACCGAGACGCCUUGCUGAAGAUCCUGAAUGCCGCGCACGUGACCAAAGACAUCACUGUGAACCAAUUCGAUGGAAUGGUGGCUAAUCUUACUGCUGGGGCAUGUUUAAGUUUUAGUGAGCAUGAGCUACCCCCACAAGGGAAAGAGCAUAACAAAGCCCUGUAUAUCUCCAUACAAUAUGGGAAAGCUCACCUAUCUAGAGUUCUGAUUGACACAGGGUCGUCAUUAAACGUGAUGCCUAAGGCCACUCUCGACAAAAUAGCCUUGGAGGGUCUGGUAGUUAGACCAAGUCGUCUGUUGGUCAAAGCCUUCGAUGGGUCACAAAGUCCAGUGUUUGGAGAGGUUGACCUCCCUGUGGUAGUUAGUCCCCAUACAUUCUGCAUCAAUUUCCAAGUAAUGGAGAUUGAACCUGCUUAUACCUGCUUAUUGGGACGUCCCUGGAUUCAUGCUGCUGGGGCAGUUACCUUUACUCUGCAUCCGAAAGUAAAAUUCGUGGAUGGAAACUCUAUAGUGACCGUCAAUAGGGAGGAGGAUAUAUUUGUUAGCAAUCUGGAUUUGUACCGAUACAUCGAGGCCGGAGAAGGGGCGUUGGAAACCUCUUUCCAAGCACUAGAGAUAGCAACCGCUGUCACACUACCGGUAGAGAAGAUACGAAGGGCGGUGACAUCCUGGAGAGACCUGCAAGACCUGAAAAUGGAAGGCUGGGGUAAAGUGCCAGAAGUUCAAGAGAAGAAGGAUCGUCUGGGGUUAGGAUACCAACCAACAAGGAAGGCUGCAAAGGAAGAGCAAUGUUUCCCUCCGAUCCCGCAAACUUUUGUCACAGGCGGAUAUGAGCAUGUAUCCAUGAUAUCUAGCAUGGAGGGUACAUCCGACUUCAUCUGA